AUGGAAUCGGCAAACGAUGAAUUACACGCAAUGUGCGGUAUAUAUGAUGGUGAUUAUCGGUCGAUGCUGUUUUAUUAUUCCUUUUCCCCAUAGCCUAUAGGUUUCGCAUUCCUAAAUGACCGCGACUACCCCUGCAGUUAUAGAAAUAAAUUUUUUCUACUUUGAAUGGAUGAAAGACAUGUAGGGGGGAGAAGACUAGGAAGGCAGCUGAUAGCGGCAUUUUCCAAUCUUAAAGUUUUCUUUUCCUUUGAUUUGGAUUUCUUCAACAUAUUUUCAGUUCCAAUUAUUCUCCACCGCCAUCACCGCUUGAUAGAAUUUUCUACAUCAAUCCGAGUCGUCAACCCCUAUAAUAAUCUAAAACCUUUUUGGGGCAAAGUAAAAAUUGUUCAGAAAUAGAAAAAAGUGUGGAAAGGCAAAUGCUAAGAAUGUUGUGCGCGAUGUUUUCUAUAUUUCUUGAAUUCGUAAUCGGCAAAUAACGAAAGGAAAGAAUGAAAAAGAAAUAGCGCAUGUGCAUGGGAGGAGACAUGCGAGAGAAGAGGAGAUGCCCCCCGGAUUUGCCUCUUUCAUUUACAUGUUGAUACUCGCUAUUCCAGGUGCCUUAGGAGGGGCUUAUAGGGACGACGAGGCAGAGCACCGACACAUCGUUCGUUGCCAGAGGUAUUUCACUUUGAGAAGCACAGAGUCAGAGUGGGAGGUGCUAGAUGGUCGUUUAUUGGCUCCAACAACGGAGCAGGAAACCUGACCAGGUGAUGGCUUACCUGCUGUAUAUACUUUGGGCCUGUCUGUUGUUCAAGUCAGAACGAGUCUCAAAGUCAGUCGGAGUGGAUGUCCUACACUGAUGGGCAUAUCUCGCUAAUACUCAACAAUUGAUUGUACUGAUUCUCGUGGUGUACUUGUUGAUUUGUUUCUAUUAGUUGACGUUUGGCUGUUUCCUGCCGCAAAAGUGACAGAAGAAAAAAGUCAGUUCAAAAGUGCACUUCCCUGAGUGACAAGCAACAUUAGCAAUUAUAGUUUUAACAAUGACAAUCGAUUCAGGUUCUUUUGAAAGAACUUGGAUUUAAAUUCAACUGAAAAUACUCUACAAUAGGUUUGUGUUUGUGAUUAUGUGCCCCACCUACCAAAGAUUCGACAAUUGAUGUGUUAUUUGAAGCGAUGCUCUCACAUCAUUGUUUGACUACCAACUGGCGAAUGCGUGGGACGUGCUCAUUUUAUGAAAUGGAAUGCCCUCGUCCUUCACUGUCCGUUCAUUGCGUGUCGCACGGCCCCAUGACUGCGGGCACGGCGGAAAAUGGUGACGCAUUUGGCGGCCAAUCGUACCGACACGUAGCCGGCAAUCGUCGGGCCUCCAAGUGGCUUUGUUUCCUUACCACAUGUCUGGCAUUUGCACUGGGUGUUGGAGUUGGUGUCGCUCUGCUGCCUGUCCUCUACGGCUCAUCUCCUUUCGUCAACGAAAUCAACAACAACAGCACAGCUGUGAUGACUCCGUGGUCCAUCGUUCCCGACUCAUCUCCUACCAUCGCUGAUGGGCCCCUCAACUUGACCAGCAAGGGAAACACGUCAAGUAUUCCCGUCCACAUGUCACCCUUGAAGAUGAAAGCUCAUUUGACUAAGAAGGAAAAAGAAAGGCAGUCGACUCGUCGUAAAACGCUUGACUUCAAGUCCAAUCUGACGGAUGUGAACUCAACAACUGAAGAAGAAGAUGCAGCAGCAGCAGCAACGGUCGAUGUCGUCAGUUUCGUUCAACCGCAAACGGCCUGGACUUCUCUACCUGCCGCCAAUGAAGACGGACGCAGUCUGAUGACGACUGUUUUGGGGGAAGCUGUCAAAGGUAUCUUCUGGUCACAAGAAGUGGAGGACAGUCUCCCAACAGGUUUCGACGAACUAAACGCAAAAGAGUGGCGCGACUUUAGCCACCAGAGUUCAGUUCAGCGUGUCGAGGAGGGAUGCGGCCGAAUGCAAAAUCGACUCGUGACUUUCGAAAACGGCCGGCAGUCGUGUUGUCGCUACCGCCAAAACUACGACCAGAUCCAGGGCGAAAUCUUCAGCUUCUACCUGAGCCGCUUGCUCGGCUUACGCAAUUUGCCACCGUCGUCUGUGGGUCUGGUCCGACCACGAGAGCGCCAAUGGAUGAACGUCCAAUCGUCCCUCAGCCAAGCGCAGUGGACGGAAAACCGGCCAGUUGUCCACACGCAGUUUUUGAAUGAUUUGGAGCCGGCCUACAUUCCUGUUCAGUUUCGAGGGCGCGAUCGGCAUCUGAAUCCGUUGGACGUGCAGCACCACAGGCUACAAGAGAAGGUCGACCGCAGCGAGUUGAUAACGCUGGCCCAGUGGUCUGAUCUUUUGAUCUUUGACUACCUGACAGCCAAUCUGGAUAGGAUGGUCAACAAUCUGUACAACAUGCAGUGGAAUCCGGCCAUGAUGGAUUCGCCCGCUCACAAUCUGGCACGCGAUUCCCGAACGGGUUUGCUCGUCUUUUUAGACAACGAAAGUGGCCUGUUGCACGGCUACCGCCUGCUGGACAAGUACGACAUCUACCACAAGAACCUCCUCGAGUCGCUCUGCGUUUUCAGACGAACGACAGUCGAGUCGCUGCGGCAGUUGCAAUCGCAGAAAAAUGUCGGUCAUUUACUGCGCGAUAUGUUAAAAACUCGCGAUCAAUCAGUUGUGGACUUUUUACCUUUCCUUCCGGAGAAGAGCAUCAAGACCCUCAACUACCGAAUUGAGCAAGUGCUGGACCAAGUGGCCAAGUGCCAAUCUCUUUAUGGCUCCUAAAACUCUGCCCUUGGUGUACGUGAUAACAACUCAUAUCAAACGUCAAUACCGCGUAUUCUACAGCCAAAAAAGGACGACGUCCAACAUGAAACGGUGAUGGAUAAGCUAUUCGCAUGCCUGAGCUGAAACUGAAAACAUGAAACCAACUAUAGCAGAGCCAUUCGUACAGGAAACAAUCCCGUUUCAUUGCUUUAGAAUUCCGUUUCUAAUUACCACCUCCUCUUUCACUGGAUUUUGAAAGAUCUGCCAGCCAACACGUGGAUCGGCCAGAAAAAAUAAGAAGUUUGACCUGUUGAUUGUGAAAACGGGAAAUCCGUUUCAGUUAAAAAAGAGUCAUAAAUCAUCACUGCAAACAGGCAAUUGAUUGGGACUAUAUGGGAUCUAAACAACAAAAUAAAAGGUCAACGGAAGAAAUAAGGACCCCAUCUACAAAAAGAAGGAUUGGAGAACGAGAUGGAACGAUACCUACCAAGGAUCAAGCGACUACCGUUUACGAUUGGGAAGCCAAAAAAUUUAAUAGGGUUGGCGCAGGCUCUAUUUCAGCUUAAAAAGUAAAUGGCAUUUAUGAUGUCUCCCUUGGGCCAUUCUCUACGAAAUGGGAUUGAACUGUCCAUUUUCUGUCCCUCCGCCCUCGCUAAAAAGCAAUUUUCUUUCAUCUCCUCGGAUUGGCAAAUUAAAUCGUGCGCGACGACGGAAGGAGCGCAGUCGGAUGAUAACUGGUGGCGUUCUGUGCUUCAAACCUCAUCCGGGUAAAAAGUUGCGGAUUCCGAUCGGCGAUUAUAUUCAACACUUCAUCAACACUUGAAAUCCUUAGCUAAUAAAUAUGGCCCCAAAAAUUGUUUAUGUUUGUCUGUCUGGAUCCUCCUUUUUCAAGAUGAUAUUCAACCAUUGACGGUUGAGUGCCGCUUUAAUGCCCUAAGGUCCUUGAAUAACCUGUGCUUGAAAUAAAUGUUCCAAGAAUUCGACUCCUAUUCCUUCGAUUCCUUCAGCAAAUAUGCUGAUUCCAUUGCGACUUUGUUGCGAUUACUUGUGGAAGGACAACUAGCGAUACUAGUCAUUAGGUUAAAGGCAUUAGGUUAUUAAAAUAUCGGCUCUUUUGAUCAAUACCACCUUGAAAAAUCCGAAAUUGUACUUUUAUCCUCUGCUUUAUCAACAAUCUAAACUAGCGUUUGUUAAGCGCUCCUUGAUUUCAAGACUUGUUGUAACAUACUUCUUUUUGUGAUAUACUUCAUUUGUAACAUAUUUAUCUACCGAUAUUAAUAAAGCUUGGACUGUACUGUACAAUUAUUUGUGUAUGAGUGAUGUGAUAAAAUAAAAUGUA